GUCUAAUCGGAAAACCUAAAUUCUGAAAAUCUCCGAUAUGAGAUUUUGGACAUCGGCGGCCGCCGCUGAGAUUCUCCGACGUGAUGAGCACGUAGUGAGAAAGCUCUUGAACCCUCGUGUGUACUCCAAACUCGUUAAUGCAUUCUCUGAAACUGAAACCAAAUUGAGAUCGCUAUGUGAGGAUUCAAAUCCUCAGCUCAAGAAUGCGGUUUCAGUUUUCCAACAAGCAGUCGACUCCGGUAGCUCUCUUGCUUUCGCCGGAAAUAAUCUCAUGGCAAAGCUGGUACGCUCUAGAAACCACGAACUAGCAUUUUCAUUUUACCGCAAGAUGCUUGAGACUGAUACUUUCAUCAAUUUCGUGUCGCUGAGUGGGUUGCUUGAAUGUUAUGUGCAAAUGCGUAAGACCGGGUUUGCGUUCGGGGUUCUCGCGUUGAUGUUGAAGCGUGGGUUUGCUUUCAAUGUGUACAAUCACAAUAUCCUCUUAAAGGGUUUAUGUAGGAAUCUGGAAUGUGGUAAAGCUGUUAGUUUACUGAGAGAAAUGAGACGAAAUUCUUUGAUGCCUGAUGUUUUUAGCUACAACACGGUUAUUAGAGGCUUCUGCGAGGGAAAAGAGUUAGAGAAAGCAUUGGAAUUAGCUAAUGAAAUGAAAGGUAGUGGCUGUUCCUGGAGUUUGGUGACUUGGGGGAUUCUGAUAGAUGCCUUUUGCAAGGCUGGUAAGAUGGAUGAGGCGAUGGGCUUUCUUAAAGAAAUGAAAUUUAUGGGUUUAGAGGCAGAUCUUGUUGUGUAUACUUCUCUGAUUCGAGGGUUUUGUGAUUGUGGUGAGUUAGAUAGAGGGAAGGCGCUCUUUGAUGAGGUUCUGGAAAGAGGAGAUUCUCCCUGUGCGAUUACAUAUAACACUCUAAUUCGAGGUUUUUGCAAGUUAGGACAGUUGAAAGAAGCCUCAGAGAUAUUUGAGUUUAUGAUAGAGCGUGGAGUUCGUCCAAAUGUUUACACGUACACGGGUCUAAUCGAUGGCCUUUGCGGAGUAGGUAAGACUAAGGAAGCCCUGCAACUUUUGAAUCUGAUGAUAGAGAAGGAUGAAGAACCGAAUGCUGUGACUUAUAACAUUAUUAUUAACAAGCUGUGCAAGGAUGGCCUUGUGGCGGAUGCUGUAGAAAUUGUUGAGUUAAUGAAGAAGAGGCGUACAAGACCUGAUAACAUAACAUACAAUAUUUUACUGGGAGGACUCUGUGCCAAAGGUGACCUAGACGAAGCAAGUAAGCUUCUCUAUUUGAUGCUGAAAGAUAGUAGUUAUACGGAUCCAGAUGUUAUAUCAUAUAAUGCGUUAAUCCACGGGCUGUGCAAGGAAAACCGUCUUCAUCAAGCUUUAGAUAUUUAUGAUUUGCUGGUUGAGAAAUUGGGUGCUGGAGAUAGAGUAACCACUAAUAUAUUGCUUAAUAGCACUCUCAAGGCUGGAGAUGUAAAUAAGGCAAUGGAACUUUGGAAACAAAUAUCUGAUUCCAAAAUUGUUCGAAAUUCAGAUACCUAUACCGCUAUGAUUGAUGGGUUUUGCAAAACUGGCAUGCUUAAUGUUGCUAAAGGAUUGCUUUGCAAAAUGAGAGUGUCUGAGCUACAGCCUAGUGUUUUUGACUACAACUGUCUAUUGUCAUCUUUAUGCAAAGAGGGAAGCUUGGACCAGGCAUGGAGAUUAUUUGAGGAAAUGCAGCGUGAUAACAAUUUUCCCGACGUUGUUUCUUUCAAUAUUAUGAUUGAUGGAAGUCUUAAAGCAGGGGAUAUUAAGUCUGCAGAGUCACUUCUUGUUGGGAUGUCUCGUGCUGGUCUUUCCCCUGAUUUAUUUACUUAUUCGAAGUUGAUAAAUAGGUUCCUGAAACUUGGAUAUUUAGACGAGGCUAUCAGUUUCUUUGACAAAAUGGUUGAUAGCGGCUUUGAACCGGAUGCUCAUAUUUGUGAUUCUGUGUUGAAGUAUUGUAUUUCACAGGGAGAAACAGACAAGUUGACUGAACUUGUAAAAAAACUGGUGGAUAAAGAUAUUGUCCUGGACAAAGAACUUACGUGUACGGUCAUGGAUUACAUGUGUAACAGCUCAGCAAACAUGGAUCUUGCAAAGCGGUUGCUAAGAGUGACAGAUGAUAAAGAAGAAAGGGAUAAGUAGGGUGCAUAGGCAUGCUCACUUAUGCUAACUUGAAGACUAUAAAGUGGGAGAAUCAUUGUGUAUUUUGAAUGCUAUGUUGGACAUGUGACCGAAGUGACAGAUGCAACAAAGUAUGACUGGCAGACGAGAAGGAUGGUUGCAAAGAAGUUUUUGACUAGUGUGGUAUUUAUUCGUGGUGGAGCACCCAAGCUGCAAUCUGAUGAGCUCAUUGCAAGGCAGUUGUUGCUUCAAUUCGUGAUUUAAUUAUCUAUGGCAUGAGGGUACGAAGGCAAAUAGAUUUUUACACAUUGGAAUGAUGGGUAAAUGCAAUGAAGAGGAUCAGAUACAACCAUCUAGACCUGAAUGAAUAUCUCAAUGGUGGUUUUCAUUAAAUUCAGGGAAGGAGCAAGUGAAGAGGGAUUUGAAGCAAAAGAAGAAGUACCUGAGGAGAGAGUCAUAACGUUGAGAGCUUUGAGCAUGGAAGACCUGAAAGGAGCGUGUUUGAUGAUCUUGCAAUCAUGCACAAAAUGCUAAUUGUUUUGCAUUUGCAUGUUGCUACUAGUUUUGCAGAAGGAGAAGGGAUGAACGAACUCAAGCAGUGGAGAUUUGUAUGGAGAUGAAGGCUCCAGGAUAAAUGUACAAGUCUAUUACUAUAAAAUUCAUCCACUCCUAUUUUCAUCGUCUCGUGCUUGUUAACAUUAGUUCCGGAGAUACUUGUCAAUAGGAACAUGUACAAAUGAUUUAUCUCUUGUAUCUGAAAUUCUUAUUAUAAAACGUUUUAACUGUUUAUGUCUUACC